GAAGAAGAAUCACGCCUGGCCAGAAACUUCAGUCAUGCAAUCAUUGGAAGGUGCAGCAAAGUUAUCCAUAUGCAAGACGUUGAAGAGUUCCUCAUUAAGGGGGGAUUUAAGGAGUUCAAACUUAGAAGACUGAAAUCACAAGAGAUUCUCUUCAUUUUCAAAAGGGAGGAAGACUACCUAAGAUGGUUUCACCGGCGCAAAUGGAACAUAAAAUCCUCAACGAUCACCCUUUGCAAAUGGUCUGUUGACUACUCACACUUCAAAGAUUGUCCAGUUAUUCCAGUAUGGGUAGAAAUCAGAAACAUUCCUUUACAUCUUAGUGAUCAUAUUCCUCUAUACUCCAUAGCUUCAGCACUGGGAAAGCCACUGAAACUGGGCAGGAAAACAGCCAUGGGAAUCUACCCGGGCAGUGCUAAAGUCUUUGUUGAAAUGGAUGUCUCCUUUUCCAAACCUCCUAAGAUCCAUCUUAGACUUGGCACAAGAGACCUAUGGCUACCUUGCUCAUAUGAAGAUCAUCCCCCUUUCUGUUCAAAAUGCCUAAGGUUUGGUCACCAGCUUUCCCAGUGCCGGAAACUCACAUCUCAAGCAGAAUUGGUGGGGCCCUCAGGAGCGGGAGGUUCAAAGCAAGAAUGGAAAAUGGUCAUGAGGAAGGUUCCAAAACCCAGUCAUGAUUUGAGGCAUAAGGCCCCCACCCCUGAUUAUUACAGUAGAAGACAACACCUUUUUUGUGCCACUAUAUCCAUGGAAGAGGUCCAAAAGGCAGUCUGGGAUUUGGAUGGGAACAGCGCUGGAGGGCCUGAUGGCUUCAAUGGAAACUUUUUCAAAUCUGCCUGGGACACAAUUAAGCAGGAUGUUUUGAUAGCUUCUCAAGAUUUCUUCAUGGGGCAACAUACUCCAAAAGCUUAUGGAAGCACCUUUCUAACCCUCAUUCCUAAAAUAGAUAACCCAAAGAGAUUUGAGGAUUAUAGACCAAUCUCCCUGUCCACUUUCAUGAGCAAGAUUAAUACAAAAAUUCUGGCCAACAGGCUAAACACCCUCCUACCCAAACUGAUCUCCAAGGAGCAAGCAGCAUUUCAAAAGGGAAAAUCAAUUGAUGAUCACAUCCUCAUGGCACAGGAGGCGGUUCACCUUUUGGAUAAAAAAGUGUAUGGAGGUAAUCUAAUCAUCAAAUUGGACAAGGCAAAAGCUUUUGAUAAACUUGACUGGGAAUACUUAGAGGCCCUACUUUUGAGAUUUGGAUUCAGUAGUCUAUCAACUUCUCUCUUAAUGGCCAACUUAAAUGGGACCUUAUUCAGUAUACUCAUCAAUGGAGAGCCAUCAGGAUUUUUCAAAAUGGAGAGGGGGGUAAAACAAGGAGAUCCACUCUCACCCCUUCUUUUCAUCCUAGCAGCAGAAGGUUUCAGUAGGCUCAUCAAUAUGCAGAUGGACACUAACCACCUGCUCAGAUUCAACUCAGGCCAGGUCUUAUUUCCUUCCCACCUUAUUUAUGCUGAUGACAUUAUAAUCUUUUCCAGGGGAGACAAUAGAAAUCUGCUCAAACUCAAGGUCACUCUAGAUAUAUACCUCAAGGCUACUGGGCAAGAGAUCAACCUUAACAAGAGCAGAUUCUACACUUCAAAGCACACAACCAGCUCCCAAAAUCAACGCAUGGAGAAGGCUCUAGGAAUCAAAAGAGGGAACCUACCUUUUACCUAUUUGGGAGCUCCUAUCUGUAAAAGGAUUCUGAGAAAAGAGCACUGCAAAGAUAUCUUGGGACAUUUUGAAAAACUUAUUCACUCUUGGUACAGCAAGACUCUCAACCAGAUGGGUAGACUUAUACUAAUAAAACAUGUUCUUUCUUCAAUCCCAUUACAUAUCCUUGCAGUCCACACCAUUCUCAAAUCAAUCAUCCACACCCUCAACAGAUACAUGGCCAACUUUUUGUGGGGACAAAAGGAAGGAUCCAAUAAACACCACUGGGUUAGAUGGGCACAAAUAACAAAACCUGAGGUAGAGGGAGGGCUGAGGAUCAAAAGCUUAAAGGACCUACAGCAAGCAUACACCCUUAAACUUUGGUGGAAGGCAAGAAAUGACAUUGGGAUAUGGGGGUCCUAUGUGAGAGCCAGGUAUAUGAAAACAGGAAUCAUGAAGGAAAGGAUCACUAACUCUCCAACAUGGAAAAGGAUUUGUAGAUCUAAUGAUCUGGCAACAUCCCAUACCACCACUACUAGUCCAGGCUUGCUUUGGGAAGGAGGAAACUUCAGCCUCAAGAGUGCUUUCAACAUGGUCCAGGAAAGUGGGACAACCCUAUUAUCCUGUAAAUACAUUUGGCACAGCUCAAACAUCCCAAAAAUCAAGAUCUUCUUGUGGAGACUCCUAAACAGUGCCCUUCCUUUCCCUAAAAACCUAUGCCGUUUCACAGCAGCCCUUCCCAGUUCCUGUCCUCUAUGCCAUAAAGAUAACGAUGACAUUGAUCACUCCAUGCUCCACUGUCCAACUGCAAAAGAGGUAUGGAACUUCAUGGCUUCCAUUUCCAACGGCCCAAGGGUUAAGGAGAACACCACAUUACGUCAACAUCUUCUUGCAUGGUGGUUUGGUAGCAGCACCAAACACUUCGGAGGAAACCUACGUCUCUUCUCCCCAGGCCUCUGCACUUGGUCCUUGUGGAAGGCACGUAACUCUUAUAUUCAUAACGCAGCUAAACCAACAGUGGAGGGUGUUAUUAAAACAUGCCUCAAAACUCUCCAAGCUUGGGCAUGGAUAAACAGGAACAAAAAAUGGAUGGCUCAUGAUGACGACUUCGAAGGCAUGGGAUUAGAUUCCUUUUGGCGAAAUGGUCGUAGAAUUUUAUCUAAAUCCUUUGUAUAAGCUGGUUGUUUUCUUCUUGUAUUACCCUUCAGGGCCCACUUCCAGCAUCCAUCCAUUUCUUCACCCUCGCUGCCCUCCAGGAUUAUUUCCUUAAUCGUCAUUCCUGUUACCUACAUGUAGCAAGAGAACAAACGACACACGCUGAGCAUUGGUGCUAAGUGAGAAAUAUAUAGCGUUUGACUAUGCAUAUAGGUGAAUUGUAACACCUCGACCCACGUGACCCAAAUACAAAGACCAACGACCAUCUAGAUACAAUUACCGCGGUGCAAAUUGGCUUAUCGCGGUAGCCGGGGUGCAAAUUGGCUUAUCGUGGUAGCCGGGUACCCUUAGGCGAUACCUAGCUACCGUCUGACAUCAAGAAAGCACAGAAAGAGCAGAGUUUGAUCCAAUUCCAAACCAUUCAAUAUGUGUAACGCUUUUAGCGGUAAUUAACACACAAAUCACACUACUUAAAGUACCUACCUAGCCGUCAUUGAUCAAUCAAUUCGAAUAACAUCAUACUCCCUUCGUCCAAGUUGAAACUUCUCAGUUUGACUUUGAACAGUUUAAAAUCUAAUGCUAAAAUUGUUUUGACUUUCCAAAUUUACCCUUUUCUUCUUCCUCCUCUCAAACCCACCUCACCCAUGAAAAGUUUCAUUCUCAAACCCACCCACCCCGCCCUUGCUAUGAUUCUGUCUCAACCCCACCAAUCCAUGCCAUCUUCAGUGAUGAAGAGACUAGGCUCAAAUUCAUACAAAAUAAAAUUGAAAAAAAGUCGAAGAGAUAAGAAGGGAUUUAUUCAAAUCCACUCGUUAGGAUUGACAUCACCUUGUUGCCUGGAAGCUUUGCCGCUACCAUCGCCACCUGGUCGUGAAGCAUUCUCAAAAAUGGAAGAUGGAUGGAAGCUAGAUCUGUAAGUUUUUCUGCUAGAUCUUGCUAAAAUUGAAGUAAAAUUAAGAUCAUUUCACUAUGAAGGGGCGGAGUCUGGAUUUAAGGCUCGGGUGACAAAGGAGCAGACUUCUAAAUCUUAAUCUAUUGCGCCGCUACCCGUAUGCCGCCGCUCGCCUGCCAAAGAAAAAAGAAAGGGGAGGGAGCUGACAAUGAAUAACAUGUGAGGUGAGGAUGAGAGCUAACAAAAAAUGAAGAACAGGUGCAGGG